CCAGCACAGAGAGUGUGCCCCUUUGUUACCGACCACAACUUGCCUUGGUCUCAACUGUUACAAUGAAACACAACUUCGUCAAGCAAGCAGCCAAACACAACAAAGCCAACAACAACAAGCUGCCACCACGUCCACGUGCACACUGACCAACACAAACAACAACAGCCUGAGUACAUAACACCAGCCUCGACGAUGCCGCUUGUGGUGCUGUGCGGGUUCCCGUGCUCGGGCAAGACGCGGCGGGCAAAGGAGGUGCACGCGUACAUGCAGGAGCGAGGGGUGCGGUCCGUGAUUGUGGGUGACGAGAGCGAGGGCAUCGACUUGGCGCGGGCAUACGAGACGCCAAAGGUGGAGAAGACGACACGCGGCGUGAUCAAGUCGGCCGUGGACCGCGCCCUCGCCAAGGACGUCGUCGUCAUCGUGGACUCGCUCAACUACAUCAAGGGCUACCGGUACGAGCUGUACUGCCUCGCCCGCGCCCUGCAGACGCCGCACUGCAUCGUGCACACGCUGGCAAGGGACGCGGAGUGCAUUGCCAGGCACGAGGAGCUGGGCUCGCCAUAUGGGGAGGGCAACGCGGCAAAGCUGAUCCAGCGGUUCGAGGCGCCCAACGACCACCAGCGGUGGGACCGCCCCACGUUCGCCGUCACGCAUGAGGAGACGCUGCCCUUGGAUGACAUCUACAAGUGCCUGUUCGAGCCCGAGAAGGUGGUCAAGGCACAUCAAGCGACGCAAUCCCAGCCCAUAUCCGCCACCAACUUCCUGUACGAGCUGGAUCGCAUCACGCAGGCGAUUGUCGCCGCCAUCCUGAAGGAGAUGCGCACGGCCGUGGUUGGCGAUGAUCUUGCUGUUCCCGAGACGGACGCAAAGGUCCAUGUCAAGCGCAAGUUUACCAUGUCCGAGUUGCGACGCAGCAGACAAGCAUUCAUCACAUACACGAAGAGCCAUCCCGUAUCCGACACCAAAGCCAUCGGCGCCCUCUUUGUCAACUUCCUCAACCACAGCAGCUAGCUUAGCCUUGUAUGUGUGUGCGUGUGUGUGUGUGUGCGUGUCUGUGUGUGUGUGUGUGUGUGUGUGUGUG